AUGAGUGAAUAUGGGGUGGAGUGGGUGAGUAUGAGUGAAUAUGGGGUGGAGUGGGUGAGUAUGAGUGAAUAUGGGGUGGAGUGGGUGAGUAUGAGUGAAUAUGGGGUGGAGUGGGUGAGUAUGAGUGAAUAUGGGGUGGAGUGGGUGAGUAUGAGUGAAUAUGGGGUGGAGUGGGUGAGUAUGAGUGAAUAUGGGGUGGAGUGGGCGAGUAUGAGUGAAUAUGGGGUGGAGUGGGCGAGUAUGAGUGAAUAUGGGGUGGAGUGGGUGAGUAUGAGUGAAUAUGGGGUGAGUAUGAGUGAAUAUGGGGUGGAGUGGGCGAGUAUGAGUGAAUAUGGGGUGGAGUGGGUGAGUAUGAGUGAAUAUGGGGUGAGUAUGAGUGAAUAUGGGGUGGAGUGGGUGAGUAUGAGUGAAUAUGGGGUGGAGUGGGUGAGUAUGAGUGAAUAUGGGGUGAGUAUGAGUGAAUAUGGGGUGGAGUGGGUGAGUAUGAGUGAAUAUGGGGUGGAGUGGGUGAGUAUGAGUGAAUAUGGGGCGAGUAUGAGUGAAUAUGGGGUGGAGUGGGCGAGUAUGAGUGAAUAUGGGGUGGAGUGGGUGAGUAUGAGUGAAUAUGGGGUGAGUAUGAGUGAAUAUGGGGUGGAGUGGGUGAGUAUGAGUGAAUAUGGGGUGGAGUGGGUGAGUAUGAGUGAAUAUGGGGUGAGUAUGAGUGAAUAUGGGGUGGAGUGGGUGAGUAUGAGUGAAUAUGGGGUGGAGUGGGUGAGUGUGAGUGAAUAUGCAGGUGGAAUGGGCGGGUAUGUACACUCAAAGACUGGUAUCUUGAAGAACAUUAUGCAGUCUUGCUCCCUGAGUGAACCGUAG